AUGCGCCUAGUCUUUCAUCCUUUCCUCGUCUCGGGCCUCCUAUUCGGAUCCGUCAUCGCCGCGAGGGACGCCCAGAUCCAGCAACUCGUCUCUCUUCUGGCACCCGCGGACCCCUCGACAAUCCAAGGCACCUCCACGACCGUCCCCGGCUUCACGCUCGAUGUCUUGACCAACUCAUCUCAUGCGCUCUUUGCGUUCACCGUCCCUAAAGGCAGGGAUGCGAUCGGAUGGAUCUCCCUGGUGAGUUGCGAAGCGCUCCUGUGCGAGAAGCGACUCCCGAUCGGCCGGAACAUCCCUUUGCUGACACAAGAAGCGACCAACGCGUUUGCCUCUGCUGUUUUUUUUGGGGGGGGGGGGCUCUACCUGUAGGGAUUCGGCACAGUCAUGGCUGAUUCGGCGAUGGUCAUCCUUUGGCCGAACGAGGCCUACACCGCGUGGCAACUCUCGGCUCGCAGCGUGGUUGGCCACAUGAUGCCGCUCGCCUCAAGUGCGAACUGGACCGACAUCUAUUCGCAAGCGAGGUCCUACGAUGCCCUGGAAAUCCGAACGAGUUGCACGGCGACCUUUAUCCGGCCCCUCGAAUUCCCUUCCGAUCAGACCAUCUAUCCCGCUGCUCAAGCGAAGCACCUUAGCGUGUCGAGAUCAAACACACAGCAACCUUUCAUUUGGGCCUCCGCAUCGGAUCGACCUGAUUCGGAUGAUCCUGCGUCGCAGAUCGAUGUGGGUCAGGGGCGGAAUAGACCAGGUCUGGACCUUUUGGCUUACUUCGCGGUCAUCCUGUUCUCACAGAAACAUAGCAUGGGCAUGUUUGGAUCGUUCACGCUCGACAUGACCAAGCCGUACGUCUCCUUGUCGUCGUCUGCGCCAGCGUCUGGUUCGGCCAGCUCGGAUAUGGUGCGUGCGAGCAAGCGUUCUUGAAGAUCAGGGUGGAACAAUCCGUUGUCUGACGCGUAAGCUCUUGUGGUUCCAACAGAAGAGCAAGAUCAUCAUGGCGCAUGCGGCCCUCGGCGUCGUGGUCUGGACGUUAUUGGCCCCGAUGGGGGUCCUGAUUGGUCGCUACUGUCGAGCCAAUCCUUCUUGGUAUCUGUGGCACUCGACAGUCCAGGUAGGCAACUCCGGCCAUCUGCUGCCGACGGUGUCUGCGGCCGGGUGCUAACCGAGCCUCUUUACCCAUCAUGUCUUCAUAGGGAUAUGUCGUCGUCCCGGCCACGAUCUUGAUUUUCUCAUUCGGGUUCUACGCAUCUCGAGGCGGAGAUGGAAGUCCCGUCUUCACGGCCCACGAGGUGAGUCGAGCGCACACCGAGUAUAUGUCCUCCAAGUCCUUGGCUCAUCCGUGUUCGCUCUACCCUCAUCAGGCCUUUGGCAUCAUUCUGCUCAUCGCUGUAUUGGCCCAGGCCACACUCGGCCACAUUGCCCAUCGAACUCCGGGCGUAGGAUCCCUCACAUCUCUGGGAGAUGAGCGUACCACGACCCGUUCGCCCAGUCGAGCCGCCCACAUCCUACUGGGUUGCUUCACCAUGCUCAUCGCCAUCAUCCAAGUCCAACUCGGUCUCAAGCUCUACUCCAGCGCUCGUCUAAGCUUCACCUACACCGUCCUCGCGGUCUUAUUCCUCAUCAUCUUCCUGACGCUCUACCUCGGUUCGCUCGUACGUCUCGUCUUUACCCGCGCAAGGGAAGGUCGUUCAUGGCCCCAAGCGCUAUUCGGUCUCGGUCGACGCAGUGCAAGUCCCCCACGAGCAAAGUACUCGUACAGGAAUCCAGGGGCACCCAAUGCUGCGACCAAGGCACCUUCGAUCGUCAUUGAUGGAGGCGCGAUCCGAGGCGCCGACGAGGGCACUUCUCGAAGGGAUGAUACGAUGACUUUGCCUCGCACUUCGACCCCGAGGAGGAGGAGCUUCCAGGCCGACCCGGCGGAGAGGGACGAGGAGGAGAGCAAAGUCGUCAAAUGCUAA